GAUAAGUAACGACUGAUACAAACGGAAACAACAAAAAACUGUUAGCUAAACGUAUACAGGAUUUUAUUCUGCAUUUUUAAAAAUGUAUUAUUAAUUUAAAAAAAAAAACUGGCAGAAAAAACGGGAUAAAAAAAAUGUGCAACUCUACUUCCAUAAGCUGCGACGUGGACUCGAAAAUCGACCACCUUUUUCAACCCACUUUAUACAUCAUUGUGAUUGCCAUUGGCUUGCCCACCAACUGCUUUGCCCUCUGGGCCGCGUACCUGCAGGUGAAACAGAAGAACGAGCUGGGGAUCUAUCUAAUGAACCUCUCCAUCGCAGACCUGCUGUACAUCUUCACCCUGCCCCUGUGGAUCGACUACUUCCUGCACCACGACAACUGGAUCCACGGGCAGGAAUCCUGCAAGCUCUUCGGGUUCAUCUUCUACACCAACAUUUACGUCAGCAUCGCCUUCCUGUGCUGCAUAUCGGUGGACCGCUACCUGGCCGUGGCCCACCCUCUGAAGUUCGCCAAGAUCCGUCGGGUCAAGACGGCCGUUGUUGUUAGCCUCGUGGUCUGGGCCGUGGAGGUGGUGGCCAACUCUGCCCCUCUGUUCCACGACGAGCUCUUCCGGGACCGCUACAACCACACUUUCUGCUUCGAGAAGUACCCCAUGGAGGGUUGGGUUGCCAAAAUGAACCUGUACCGCGUCUUUGUGGGCUUCCUCUUCCCCUGGAUGCUCAUGCUGUUCUCCUACCAGGGGAUCCUGAAGGCGGUCAAGGGGAACGUCUCCACCGAGAAGCAGGAAAAAGCCAAGAUCAAGCGGCUGGCGCUCAGCCUGAUCGUGAUCGUGCUUUUCUGCUUCGCUCCCUACCAUGUCAUCCUGCUGUCCCGCAGCGCCAUUUACCUGAGCAAGCCCUGCGACUGCAGUUUCGAGGAGAACGUUUUUACUGCUUAUCACGUUUCGCUGGCUCUUACGAGCCUGAACUGCGCGGCUGAUCCUAUCUUGUACUGUUUCGUCAACGAGGGAGCCCGCAGCGAUGUUGCUAAAGCACUGGCUACCUUUUUCAGGUUUUUCACCAAGGCUAGGUCUCAAGAGAGGCUAGCUAACAGUUCCAUCAUCGUUGAAACCCCGCUGUCCGCCAAGAAGCCGAGCUUGUACAACAACACGGAGAUGAAAUGUUAUGCUUACAACACCGGGCUGGUGGUGUUACAGGAAGAGUGCCUUCAGGUGAAAAUAAAAAAAUAAAGAUUGUAUGAACGGGUUUUUUUAAAAUUAUUUAUUU